AUGCCGUUCGUGGAGGAAAUCAACCUCAAAAGUCACGAUCCAGAUGUUUAUUUCACGAGCGUGAACGCUGCUGGACCCUCUGGUAGAAACAGGAUAACGAAAACUACAACCGCAUCUGGAGUCAGAAAUAACAAAAGAGUGAACUAUUCGCUUUCGGAUCUGGAAGCAAAGAUCUAUGCACAGAAAAAUGGGAAAGACAGUGAGUCUCUGAGCUCAAAUUUCAUCACAACUACCAGCAGUGCACUGGAACGGUAUACCCCGCAAGAACUCUUGAAAUCCAGACGAAGACUUAUGGAAUUGGACACAGAAAAUGUGCAAGACAUCAGAGACGUGCCUUUUUUGAUGAGCAGCAUAACCGGGAUCAGCAAAGACCGUAUAGACUCCAGCGGCGGUGCAGACUCUAGCGGUAGCUCAACCUCGAACGUCAACAGAUCCAGCAGGAACAAAUUCGAGCUUCCCAAGAACCUUGAGCUUCUAUACAAGUCGACCAAGCCACCAGUUGUCAAGAAGAAAAACACUAACCGAGUAGUAUCGCUGAAGAAAACUCUGGCUUCUCGAAGGCCACUUACCAGUUACGUCGAUGCACUUGAUCAAGUGAACCGCAGCAUCAUUUUCCACAACGUCUACAACAAAAAGUUCUUCAAAGUUUUGCCAGUGAUAACAACUUGCUCCAUAUGUGGUGGCUACAAUAGCAUCUCGAGUUGUGUUAAUUGUGGUAACAAAAUUUGUAGCUUGCGUUGUUUCAAUCUUCACAACGACACCCGUUGUACAAGCUAG